CCUCAAAAACUUCAUUAUUUUGAGACUUAAAUAACACAUACAUCACUGGAGAUAUUGAUCUUCAUUUAAUUAAUUACAUACACCAUACUCAAAGAAUUUUAAGCAUUCAUCUCUGAAAAUAUGGGAAACUGUUGUGAGCCGGCAUCAUCAAUGGAGUGGGACGGCGAAGAUUGGAGUGAUUUGACGACGUCCAAGAAGACAAUAUCAAGCAAGGUGUUUGACGAAACUCAUGCUAAUGCUGAUCAUGGUCAUGAGUUGAGUUUAGGGAAAGUGCAAAAGGAGAAGUUUAUGGGAGCGCUAAGAGCUUCUCUUGAUGCCAAUUAUGGUAAGGCAAAGAUAAAGAUUUCAAAGAAAGAGUUGGAAGAAUUAUUGGAGAAGCAACAAGAACAAGAGGUUAAUAAGAAGCAAGUAGGGCGAGCUUCUGCAGAACAAGUUCUGGUUCGCUUAAUAAAGGCUAGACAUCAAUAUAAUGAUUCCCGUCAAGGAUUGUGGAUGCCCAUGCUAGAAAGUAUUCCUGAGGUUAGUUGAUUCAAGAUAUGGGAUCGACUGAUGGUGCUGGCUCAAGGAUAUUGCAUACAUGCGUCUAUAGAUUCAGAAGGCCUUUUGCACCACUAAUUGUAUAGAACACCUCAGAAAUCCAACAUUCUUUUCCCAACCUUUUCAUGUAAAAUAUAUAAUAGCUCAGAAGUUACGGGAUUUGUAAUUAAUUCUUAUAAUUAAAAAAUUAUAUUCCAUUUAGAUUUA